CUGUGGAGGGGCGGGGCGGGGGAAAUGGAGGAGGAGGCGCCGAAGGCAGGGAGCCUUCCUUCCUUCCUUCCUUCUUCCCUGGCUCUGGGCCUGGCUCCGCCUCUUCCCCUGAAGGACCCGAAGGAGACGGCCGCCUCCGCAGUGCGCUCUCUCUCGCUCAGUGUAAUAAUGGCUCCAAACACAGAGCGCACCUUCAUCGCCAUCAAGCCUGAUGGAGUCCAGCGGGGAUUAGUAGGUGACAUCAUCAAACGAUUUGAACAGAAGGGUUUUCGUCUGGUAGCUAUGAAAUUUUUGCAUGCUUCUGAAGAACUCCUCAAGCAGCAUUACAUUGACCUGAAAGAUAGGCCAUUCUACCCUGGUCUGGUUCAGUACAUGAAUUCUGGCCCUAUAGUAGCCAUGGUUUGGGAAGGGCUCAAUGUUGUGAAGACAGGCAGGCUCAUGUUGGGAGAAACUAACCCAGCAGAUUCUAAACCUGGCACUAUCCGUGGUGAUUUCUGCAUUCAAGUGGGCAGGAAUAUAAUCCAUGGCAGUGACUCUGUUGAGAGUGCUCAGAAAGAGAUCAACCUGUGGUUCAAGCCUGCAGAACUUGUGGACUUCAAAUUGUGUGCUCAUGACUGGAUUUAUGAAUAAAACAGACCUUAAAAUGAAUUGUGCCUUCUUCCAAUGAAGCAUCUCAUUCCAUUCAACUGACAUGGGAGCAAUUAUCACGGUUAUCUUUGUGAUUAUUGGCACUAAUAAAAUAUCGGUAACAUAUGUAUUUCCUUAUUAAAUAAACAGAAAAGGAUGUAUGUGAA